GGCAGCAGCCAUUCCUUUAUUCGAUUCAACCAAACAUGAACACGUCAGAUUUAGACUCUUCGCUACGCAAUGAGUUAGGAAAACGUUUUGAAUACUUGAUAAGAUGUACUCAAGAUGUGUCUAUUGACACUGAUCUGAUUGAACACCAACUGGACAGCUUAUGCCGUGACAUUUUGUUCCUGAGAGAAAACGGAGGAGUGGGAAAUCGAGGUCGAGGAGAUGCAUCUUAUUCGGGAAUUACAGACGAGAUAGUGGAUCUUUGCUUAAAAAGCUAUCAUAUCGUGAAUGAAUUUAACAAGUCACGAGAUCAAAAUGAAUCUUUACAAAUGGACAUAAUGAAUGGGCGGGCAAGAAGAACAGAAGAACCAACAGGACAGCGUGGACGACCACGAGUUAUGAUCGCAGAGGGCCAAUUAAAGUUUUUACUUGGACAUGGGUUUACAAUUCCUGAAAUAGCUAAGCUGUUGCAUGUUUCACCAAGAACAGUCUCUUACCGGCUUCAAAGUUUCAACCUAGAAGCAAAGCUGAAAUAUACAGACAUAGAUGAUUACUGUCUGGAAGCUGAAAUUUCAAGAGUAAUGUCUCUUUUUCCAAAUGCUGGUGAGCGCUCUAUCCAAGGUCAUCUCCAGUCAAAAAAGAUUGUUGUACAACGUCAUAGAGUAAGAUCCAUAAUGCAGUCCAUAAAUCCUCAUAGACAACAGUUCCGUCGCUUACAGACCAUACGACGAAGGAAGUACUCAGUCCAGUCACCCCUUUCCAUGUGGCACAUUGAUGGAAAUCACAAAUUAAUAAGAUGGAGACUAGUAGUACAUGGUGGUGUUGAUGGGUACUCUCGCCUGAUAGUAUACCUUCAAGCAAGUCCAAACAACUUAUCGUCUACAGUCAUGAAGCUUUUUGACGAAGCUGUUCAGAAAUGGGGUCUCCCUUCUAGGGUGAGAUCAGAUCUUGGUGUUGAAAACAGAGAUGUGGCAGAGUUUAUGCUCAAUAGGCGAGGAACUGGACGCAGAUCCUUCAUAACAGGGAAAAGUGUACACAAUUCCAGGAUAGAGAGACUCUGGAGGGAUGUUUUUGAGGCUGUUCUAAGCUCAUACUACCAGCUGUUUUAUCAUCUUGAAGAUUCACAUCUCUUGGACCCAUCAGAUGACAAAGAUAUCUAUAUUCUCCACUAUGUAUACUUGUCCAAGCUUAAUGGAAUGCUCACUCAAUUCAGUGAAAUGUGGAACAAUCACAAAAUCAGGACUGGUGGUAAUAAAAGUCCUCUGCAGCUCUUUAUAAUGGGUAUGCAUGCAGCAGCUGAUUACCACAAUAAUAUGAUUGCAAAUGAAUAUUUUGAACAGAGAGUACCACAAGAUUUUGGAGCAGACUAUGAAGAAGCUUUACAACUACAGGAUGAGGACAGAGCUAUACUUGUGCCAACAGUUUCUGAUCCAUUUGAGUCUGACCACCAAGUAUCUUUAUUUGAAAUCAAGUCAGCUGAACUGGAGGAGCAGUGCAAAGAUAAUCCUUUUUGGGAUACAAAAUACUACACUUUACUGCGUGAAACAUUACAAUCCAUCAUCAAUGAGUGAGGUGCUGUGUAGGCCAAACAUUUCCUUACAUAAAAUGUAUCUAGUCUACUAGAUAGGAGAGAACAUGGACAAAAUGGUAUGCAUUGCAGAUAUCUGUAUUGUAGUAAUAACAAGGCAGCAAUUUAAGCUUUGUCAAGCCUUAAAUUAUUCUUGAAAGUUAAAAAUAAUACGCAAGUUUUCUUUUCAUAAUGAUUUAUUUGUAAUAUUAAACAACAUUUACCUGCAUAAUUAUCAACAAUUUCUAAUUAUGUGACACAGAGAGCUGAACCUACUAUGGGACAUUACAGGGAAAUCUCAAUGACUGUUUUAUGUAAUUUCAUUUAAUGGCCACUUGAAAGUUACUAGGCAAAUGACUCGUUAGGCCUGAAUUAGGUUAUUGAUUACCAAAGGGACAUACUGAUCACCAUACAUACAGUACCAUCAUAUAGCACUCUAUAGAACUGCCUUGCUUACAAAACGGAAGAACAAUCAGUGAUUCUCCAACACAAGCUGCAGUUUUUAGUUAGUACCAUAAGUAACAUGGUUUUCCCUUGACUGUCAUCAGUGUCCAAAAUAACUUUCAUGCAAUGUAAUAAUGCUUAACAGCAUAAUGACAAUGUUUAAUAAUAAAAUAAAAGUAUCAUGGAUAUACAAUAAUUGUGACAUUAGAGGCCUUCAAGGCCAUGGAAGUUACGAGUCACACUUUCAAAAUGACAAAAAGUAAACGAUAACUGUAAU